UGCACUGGAUUGGCUGAGGCGGGAGAAGAAGCAGGCCGAGGACUGGUUUGUGGUGUGAGAGCUGCACGACUUCCCCUUGGAAAGUUUACCACUUUUUUAAAUGACUCUUUGACCGACAGAGAGGCUGCAAAAUGCUGCUUCACCUCACACAUUUGGAUUAUUCCUCGCCUGGGUUUGGAGUGAACUGGCUUCACAGUUAAAGAACCUGGAAAUCCUGCAGCAGCGACACAAGACAACAACAAGAAGAAGAAAACUCUGGGCGUGUCUUAUCCGGAGGUUUUACAAAUAUAAAACUUUUAAAUGCUGGUUUGAACUUUUUCGUUUAGUCUGUCUGAAGUGAAAGGACAGAAAGAGAAAGUUGGCUGAAACCUCAGCGCCACCAUGCAGGGGAACGGUGGAGUGUACGCGGUGAAGAGGAGGAGGAAGCCCGUUCAGAAAAAUCUGAAGCCUCCGCCGGUGAAGACCAAUCCGUCCAAACGCCACCGGGACCGUCUGAAUAUAGAGCUGGACCGUCUGACCAGCCUGCUGCCUUUCUCUGAGGAGGUCAGAGGUCGCCUGGACAAGCUGUCGGUGCUCCGGCUCAGUGUGGGAUACCUCAAGGUUCAGAGUUACUUCCACGCGGCGCUCCAAAAAAAUGCGAGGUCAGCUCCUGUUGUCUCUGCAAACAGCAGAAAUGGACAGACCGUGUCCCUGGAUGGAGUCAGUUUCUCAGAGGGAGAACUUCUGCUGCAGGCUCUGCACGGGUUUGUGUUGGUCGUGACGACCGACGGCACGAUCUUCUACACGUCCCCGACCAUCCAGGACUUCCUGGGCUUCCAUCAGUCGGACGUCGUCCACCAGAGCCUGUUUGAUCUCGUUCACAUGGACGACAGAGAGAUGUUCAAAUGUCAGCUCCACUUCGCGCUCAACCCCAGUGAGACCGACACACACGUCAGAGCAAAGGAUGGGCAGUCCGGCAGUAAAUCUCUGGGCAGCUCUCAGAGCCUCUUGCCUCAGUACAUCCCUCCAGAGAACUCCUCUUUCCUGGAAAGAAGCUUCUGCUGUCGCCUUCGCUGCCUCCUGGACAACGCCUCUGGAUUCCUGGCUCUGAACUUCAAUGGGCGUCUGAAGUACCUGCAUUUACAAGGAAAUGCCGGGGCUGAUGGGACCUUGGCUCCUCCUCCUCAGCUUGCUCUGUUCGCCAUCGCCACGCCUGUGCAGACUCCUUCGGUUAUGGAGAUCCGCACCAAGACCCUCAUCUUCCAAACCAAACACAGAAUGGACUUUGCUCCUUUGGGCAUAGACACCAGAGGGAAGCUGGUUUUGGGUUAUACAGAGGUGGAGCUGGUCACAACAGGGUCUGGUUAUCAGUUCAUCCACGCUGCUGACAUGAUGUACUGCGCCGACAACCACCUCAGGAUGAUUAAAACCGGAGACAGCGGCUUCACCAUCUUCAGGCUGCUGACUAAAACAGGACACUGGUUGUGGGUACAGGCCACGGCCAGGAUAGUCUUCAAGGGAGGGAGACCGGACUUCAUCAUCGCUCGUCAGAAAGCCCUCACAAAUGAAGAAGGAGAGGAACAUUUGCUGCAGAGAAGACAGCAACUCCCCUUCAACCUCGCCACCGGCGAAGGUGUCCUGUACGACGUCUCUCUGGAUGUCUUCUCCUCUCCUGGUCCUCCUGUCCCCGGCGCUGAGCCCACAAAAGAGAAACCUCUGGACCCCGCCUCGCUCCUGGGAUCCCUUCGCCGGCAGGACCACUCUGUUUACACCCAGCCAGAGAAGCCCAGUCCCAAGCUCCCAAUCUUCUCCCAAACAGAGGACACUGUUUGUGAACAGCCCCAGCCGACCUUGGAACAAGCCUUCCUGGACAGCCACGCUCUGCUCAGUGUGCCGGGUCAGAUCCAGACUUUACAGAAGGGCUCUAUCACAGCGGAUCUCACAUCAGAAGCCAUGAUUGAGUCUCUGGAGCAGAUUUUGGGAGCUAUAGGGAAUGGAGUGAUAGAGGGUCUUGAGGUGGAGGAGAUGGAGCUGAGGGACUGGGAAAACACCCUGGUCAGGAUGAAUAAAGAGAGGGAAGACACGACGAGGGAACUGAAUUGCACCCUGGCUAAUGAUGUGUUCUCGUAUGUGGAGGAGGCUCUGAGGAGAGAGACCAGUGGUUUUGUGGUUCAGGGCUCAGAUCAGACUGGGUGUUGUGUUUCUGGGAUGAUUCAAGGUGAGCAUCCUGGGUUUUCGAAUAGUGAGCCACAGUGGCAGCCGAUGAAAUCAAACCGGAGUGGAUUUGGAGAACAGGCUCAGUUGGGAAAUAUUCUUGGUGAUGUUGGUAAUUCGACCGGACUGAAAGGUGCCGCUGAAGUUGUUUCUCACAGGACGACGAGCACCCUAACACCCACGCAGUGUCGCAACACUCACCAGGGCAGCAGCAAUCACCACUGUGGCAAUGGAGUUUCAACACAAUCCUGCGUGACACAUCAGUCUUGGCUUCCAUCGACACACAACGCCGACAAUAUUCAGAGCAGCCAUCAAUCUGGCUUGGAGGUGAUGGACCAGAGUGUGCAAUAUUCUCUAAACCACGCUGGUUCACAGCAGACUUGCGUGGGGCCACUGCCUCGGGGCCCUUCAGUGUGGCAACAGCAACAACUACAACAACAGCAGCAGCUGCCGCAAAGUUUUCACCAUCACACACUUUCACAUUCCUCACACACGCCAGGCAGCGUGAACUCGACAGCUCAGUCGUUCCACCCGCAAACACAGAGAUUACCUGGCAGCUGCAUUUAUGAAAACAGAGAAGGUCACAUACCGAACGCUGCUCUUGUUCCUGCCAGACGGAAUAGGCCUCUCCUGGGGCCCACAUGCUCCAGAGGGCCUGCACAUGUUGCAGGGGCCACCACAAAUGCCCCACCCUUUACCCUGUCCCAUCCAGGCAUCAGCCAGACGAUGAUGUCCAGCCCCAGCACUCACAUGGCUGCCUGCCCAGGGGUGGGCAGCGUCAGUUUGGGUCAUCUGAGAGGAAACGAUAUCGGCGUGGGAACAUUUCAACCAGAGUAUCCUGCUGAAAACUCGUCGUUACAGUCUUCAUUCUUCUGUUGGAACGGUGACGCUCAGAUUCCCAAAAUUCCCCUGAAUGGCGUCGUCGACUCGUUCGCCUUCCCGGCCCUUCCUACUGGGAGCAUCAACCUUUCCCAAAACACGGGGCCAUAGUAACCUCUGUGCUGCACUCUGACUGGACUGAUAGAUAUGCAUGAGUGUGAAGUCAUCAGUGACUCCGAAAGCACCUCUGAGAUUAUUCCUACAGACAAAGCAAGAGGUGAUUAUUGUUUUACCAAUGUUGUGUCUCACAGAGAAAUAUGGACCGUCUCAUUUCAAACUAAAAAACCUCUCAGUUUUCUUUUUUUUUGACUCAUCAAAUAUUUAUCAAACAACUUUAUUUAAUAAUUAUCUUUUACAUGUAUUCAGUAUGUGGCAAGUAACCGACAGCUGAAGUGUCCUGUCAGCGGAGAGGAAGCAGGAAACAACAGGGUUUAAUACAAGAGGACCUUUCUGUAGAGAACAGAAGAAAUCUGGACUACAGCCUUUUCUCUGUCACCUCAGUUUAACUCGUCCUACUGCACAUCACAAACAAUAUCUUAUAUCUGCUUCUUGUGAUUAUCCAUGUAUAUCCAGUUUUAUAUGCUGUAUUUUUUUUUUUUAAUGAGUGUGGUUCUUUGAGUGAAGUCAUAACAUCACGUCCGUCAUUUCAGAAUUUCUUUCAUUUGUCCUUCUGAAGAAAUGAAUCAUGUUCCUGGAGUUUGGCUUUCACAGUAUAAAUCUAAUCAGCUCCACAACAACAGAAAUGUUAAACAAAAACAGAAAACUAGAGCCAGUUACUUACAUCAGCCCUGUCUCCUCGACAUUACAGUCAUAUAUCGCUAAAUCGUUUUCCCAGUUAUGUUGUACAUUCUGUGCACCUGUGAAAUAAGGCACAAUAAAAAGAAAGUUUACUUAUUAUUUUAGUGACUUACAAAGUGCAGCACCGUGACCCCGACUCCUGGCUUCACAUUUUGUGGUUCAGUCGACAAAAGCGCUUUGGUUAAGGUCUCAAAGUCACUGUGAGCUUUUUUGUUUUAAACAGAAAACGUGAUCCAGUCGUUCAGGCAUUACAUUUAUUUCAAAAUGUACUUGCUUUUAUAUAAAUGUAAUUUCUAGGAGGCAGUGGUUGUAUUACUGAUGUAUCUCAACUGACCACGACCCUUUCACUCCCUCGUGGACUCGCCUCUUCUGUCGAGCCGUGGCGUUUAACUCACAAACGUCCAGGGCUUAUGGGAAAUGGUGUUCCUUAAAGGCAGCUAAAAAGCAUAAAUACCGAAUGGUAUAUAUAUAUAUAUAUAUAUUAGAUCAUUUUUCAAAAGUGAUAUGAAGCGAGCCACACGACUUAGUUAUUGGUGUGAAUGUGGUUUUCUCACUUCUGAACCUGGAAGUCCUGGUUUCGCUCUCUCUCUCUCUCUACAUAUAUAUAUAUAUAUAUGUAUAUUUAAAAAAAAAGCAGACUUUAAAUCAGGCCUUGGACCCUUUAGUAUCAUUCAUUCCUUCUUCAUGUUUGUUUUCAUUAAUGUUUGAUCAAAGUAAAAGCAACUUCUUGUUAUUUGUUGAGAUCGUUUUGAAUUUACUCAACACUCAUGCAGCUUUGGUGGUGACUUUGUGACCAUUUUAGAGUCACAGUUAUAAUCACAUCUGCCAAUUAUCUGGCAGCUUUAAAGGAACUACAAUUUAGUUUUGUAUUGAAUACACAUGUGAGGCUUGAAACGCACAUAAUACAGUGUUAAAGUACUGUAAAAAUCAAUUUCACGUCCUUCACUACCCCUCACUGAUGUGCCCUUGAGCAAGACACUUAAACAUCAACAGUAACACUUUACUUUUACCACACAUUUAGCAUAUAUUAAAAGUAUAUAAACAUUUAAUAAAUAGUUUAUAACACACUGUAAUGUAGUUGUAUGCAGAUAUAAGGACAUUUUUGAAGCUGCUAUGAAAAAUCAAUAUUGGAGCCAAUAGAAAAAUAUUUUUCAACAUAUAUAUUCAGUUUUUUAAAAUAAUCGUGCAGAUAUAAGGACAUUUUAAACAUUAAUUAUUCACCUUUUUAUCAACAACUAUAACUCAUCCAAUGAAGCCUUUGUAACGGGUGUUUCUAUAUUUUAUUGAGUGAUGGAUAAUACAGUAUGUCAUAGCUGUAAACAUCAUAUAUAUAAUAAUAACAAUAUAAUGAUUAUAUAAAUAUUUACAGUCGUGACAUGAUGAGUUUUGAUGUUCAUUCUCGACCUUGAAAAAGUUUAACAAAAAAAAUUCUAUUUAAAAUUUCUAAUUAAAUACCUGUAAUUAAUGAAUAGGAAAAAUGUGAACAUAUUUUGUUGUUAUAACGUAUAUAAUUUUACAUUAACAGUUACAGUCACAUUACAGUAGGAAUAUUAAUUGUCGACACACUAAUAAACACUUAAAAAUGUCCUUAUAUCUGCGUACAACUACAUUAUAGUGUCUUACAAACCAUUUAUUCAUGGUUAAUACACUGCUUACAGAUAGUAAAUUAUAUUUAAAUGUAACAGUAAAUUAUUGGUCCUGUAAGCCUGUUAGAUUUUGUACAAUAUGAUGGAUUCGUGGCACUUCAAGAUAAUGUUGGGACCAAUAAUAACAUUAUUUCUAAUUGUUUCACCGGAUGUUAUAUGGGAGAGACGGCAGCUCCAGCGCUCACUGUGAACAGACAUAGAUAAUGCAACUGUAAAACCCUACUGUACACUGUCACAUUAAAUCACGCAUCCAUCUCAGAUGUAUCAAAGAGGAGCUUUGUUUGUUUUCUUUGUCUUGUCAAGUCACAAAGUAAAACAUGCACAUUAAUCAUUUGUAACUGUAGGAGAUGACUGCCAUGUUACUCUGCCUCUGUAACUGUAGCUGCUUUGUAUUCCUUGUGUACAAAAUAUAACCAAUGGGGACAAGUCUACUUUAUUUUUGCUAUUAAAGAGUUGUAACCCUCUCA